AUGUUACCCGAAUCCCACUCAAGUGACAAGUAUUGGUCGGUGAAAGAUAAUACACUUCGUGAAGGAUUUGAAAAACAUCACUUUAAAAUGGGGGACAGUGAUUAUGCUCAAAACUUCACUAUUGAAGAUGAAGAUGGAUCUUCUUUUUCUUCUGGAGUAGUCCAAAACAUUACUUCAACUGAAAAAACAAAUGACUUUAUUGGAAAAAUAGAGAGUUCAAAAGAAGUCAACCCAAAUGAGUAUGAAAUCAUUGAAGAAAAGAAGGUUAUGAUAGAUUGUAGAAAAUUUAUAGGGUGUGAUAUCUACAAAGAAUUUGAAGGAGUUAAAUCUCUUGGAACUGUUAUUACUUACAUGACUUCCCUCAAAUUGUUUGAAGUUAUGUACCAAAAUGAUAGCCGCCUGGAGUAUUUGAACUAUAAUGAAGUUUUCAGUCAUUUGGCAGAAAAGGAUAAGAUUUACGAGGUUCAACUAACAAAACCGAAAAGAAAUCCGUUAGAGGUGAGAAUUGAAUUUGAAAGGAAAAGGGAAUUAGCUAGGAAAUUAGCUGCAAAUGAAAAGAAAAUCACUUCAAAAAGAAAGAUGGAAGAUAGUUUAAGAAUUGAGGGAAAAAGCUCAAGCAAGAAAGAAAAAACUUCAGAUAGUCAUUCUUCAAGCAAAGAUAUCAACAUUAAACAAACUGAAGUAAUCUCACAACCAAAGGAGAGUGCUAAGAGCAAAAAGAAUGAAAAUUUAAAAUCUACUCGCAAAUCUACCAAAAAAGAAUUGAAAACAAAGCGCAGACCGUGGCAUGCUAAGCGGGAAAAUGCGACUAAAGAAGAACCUUAUGAGCCUUAUCAAUUUAGAGGAUUCUAUAUCUGUAAAGAACUUAAUGGAAUCAGAUCCCUUGGAACUGUUAUUGGUUAUUGCCCUGAAAAGAACAAGCUCAUAAUUCAAUACCAAAGUGAUGAUAGCAUGGAGUAUAUGACUCAAUUGGAAACUUUGCGUAGUAUGGCAAAACAUGCAGAUAUUAUGCCAUCACCAAGUGCAAGCGGUUCAAAGAAGAAAACUGAUAAGAAAAAAAAAUGA